UUGGCACCUUCUCCAAGCUGAGAUUGCCCUAUCAAGGACGCAAAUAAAGAAAUAGAGGAUACCCCGUGAAGUAGUCAUCUUCUCUAAACCGCUUUUAUAUAUAAAUACACUGCUCCUUCUUGUGUUGGUAUAUGUGGUGGGUUUUUUGAAUGACUUCUUUCUUGAAUGAUUUCAUGAGUUUCCUCUGUUGAAUUAGAUACGGAAACAUGAGUAGUAACACACAGAGACCUGGAUCCAGAGUCAUGUUCCACCAAGUCUACGACAGAGGUUAAGCCACAUAUUGUGUUUUCUGUCAAAUUAACUUGCUUUUUCAUCGAUUUGUGUUCAUAAUGGAUGGAGCUGGUGUUGUGUCUUGUUUUUAAUUAAGCCGAAUAUCAUCAGUAAAUCUUCUUCUGCACAUAUAAUUAAGUUGUUCUUCUUUCUUUCAUUUUUUUAUUUUGUGUAAUUUUUGGUGAAUACCCAUCAAAAUGGAUUUGAAGAGGAAGAUGAAAAAGGGGAACUUGAUCGUGAAAACAUGGGAGAGAUGCAAAUCGAUUGGCAGAGGAAGCAAGAGCUCAUCAGGGUCAAUCGUUCGUGCUAUGAACACAAAAAGCAAGUCAUGGCCACGAGUUGAUGUGUCUUCUUCUUUUGAUCGCGAUAUUAGUGAUCGAAAACGGUCGUUGAAGAGGCAUCAAGUGGCGCCGCAUGGUUGUUUUUCGGUGUACGUUGGACCGCAGAAACAGAGGUUUGUGAUCAAAACAGAGUACGCGAACCACCCGCUGUUCAAGAUGUUGCUCGAUGAGGCAGAGUCCGAGUAUGGUUACACUUGUGAAGGCCCUCUAUCGCUGCCUUGCAACGUUGAUUACUUCUGCAAGGUCCUUCUGGCUAUGGACGAUGAUGGCGAGGAUCGUGAGUUCAGGAGGGGAUGUGGGUUUCCGAGGAGUCCUGCCUCGUAUCUACUCCUCAGUCCGUCUCCUUUGAUUGCCAUAAAUCAGUUCUGAAGGUGUUUGUUGUAUUGUCUGUGUGAUCGAUCUCUUUUUUUUUUUUUGGCAAAUAAUAUUUAUCGGUGUCUGGUUUUAGUCAUUAAUGUUGUGUCUUGUAUACUCUUGGAGUCUUGUUAGUUCUAACCUUCUGUCAAUAAGGUUAUAACCUAUUUAAUUACAAGCUUUGUAUGGGUAAAUUGUGUCUGUUCAAUUCAAGUUUUUUACUUAUUAAAAAUUAAAUUCUGGUUGAUUUA